AUGCGGCGCCGCGGGGCCCCCCUGGCGCGCUCCCUGCGCUGGCUGCUGUGGCUGCUGUGGCUGCUGGGGGUCCGGGGGGGCCCGCGCUGCCCCGACAGGUGCCUCUGCGACCCCCGGGACGCCCUGCGCUGCACCCCAGGACCUGGCCCCCCCGCGCUAUCAUUCUCCUACCUGCCUUUCAAAGUCAUCCCGUCACACACCUUCAGAGGAUUCCACGACGUUUCCAUAAUUGAGAUCUCGCAGAGCGAUGCCCUGGAACGGAUCGAAACCAAAGCCUUCGACGGCCUCCUCAGCCUGUCCGAAAUACUCAUCCAGAACGCCAAACACCUGCGGCACAUCGAACCCGGAGCCUUCACCAAUCUCUCCCGGCUCCGGUACCUGAGCAUCUGCAAUACAGGCCUGACGCAGCUGCCGGACGUGACCAGGAUCCUGUCCACCGAAUUCACCUUCAUCCUGGAGAUCUGCGACAACAUCCACAUGACCACCAUCCCCGGGAAUGCCUUCCAAGGGGUGACCCACGAAUCCUUGACGCUCAAGCUGUACAGGAACGGGUUCGAAGACGUGCAAAGCCACGCGUUCAACGGGACGACGUUGAGUUCCCUGGACCUGAAGGGCAACAAGAACCUCCGAAGGAUUGACGACGAGGCCUUGAGAGGCGCCAGGGGACCUGACAUCUUGGACGUCUCCUCCACCGAACUGGAAGCUCUGCCCCGCCACGGGCUGGCGGCCAUUCAGGUCCUCAUCGCCGCCUCGGCCUUCGCCCUCAAGGAGCUGCCCCCGCGGGAGGCUUUCACCAACUUGCUGGACGCCACCUUGACCUACCCAAGCCACUGCUGCAUCUUCCAGAACCGGCCUCCGGACAAGAGGAAUCUUUCACUCGCCAUUUUCGAGAACUUGUCCGAACACUGCGGAGAUGCGGGAGAGAGGUCGGACGAGGACACGCAGGCCUACCUCGCCGUCUUCUCGGGUCCCCCCCUGGACUACGAGGAGACCUUCUGCGCCCCCCGGACGCUCCGCUGCGCCCCCGAGCCGGACGCCUUCAACCCGUGCGAGGACAUCGUGGGCUUCGGCUCCCUGCGCCUGGCCAUCUGGCUCAUCAACGUCCUGGCCGUGGGCGGCAACGGCGUGGUCCUGUCGGUGCUGCUGAGCAGCCGGGCCAAGCUGACCGUGCCGCGCUUCCUCAUGUGCCACCUGGCCUUCGCCGACCUGUGCACGGGCCUCUACCUGCUGCUCAUCGCCGGGGCGGACGCCCGCACCCGGGGCCGCUACCACGACCACGCCAUCGCCUGGCAGGGCGGGCCGGGCUGCCGGGCGGCCGGCUUCCUCACGGUCUUCGCCAGCGAGCUGUCCGUCUACACGCUGACGGCCAUCACCCUGGAGCGCUGGCACACCAUCGCCCACGCCCUGAGGCGGGAGCGGCGGCCGCGCCUGCGCCACGCGGCCGCCGCCAUGGCCGCCGGCUGGCUCCUGGCCGGGGUGGCCGCCGCCUUGCCCCUCUUGGGCGUCAGCGGCUACACCAAAGUCAGCAUCUGCCUGCCCAUGGACGUGGCCUCCUUGCCCGCCCAGGCCUACGUCCUCGUCCUCCUGGGCCUCAACGUGGCCGCCUUCGUGGCCGUCUGCGCCUGCUACGGGAAGAUCUACCGGGCCGUGAGGAACCCGGGGGCGGCCGCCGCCCGCAAGGACGCCAGGCUGGCCAAGAAGAUGGCCGUCCUCAUCUUCACCGACUUCCUGUGCCUGGCGCCCAUCUCCUUCUUCGCCCUGUCGGCCGCCCUGAAGGCUCCCCUCAUCACCGUGACCCACUCCAAGAUCUUGCUGGUCCUCUUCUACCCCGUCAACUCCUGCGCCAACCCCUUCCUCUACGCCAUCUUCACCCGGGCCUUCCGCCGCGAUCUCUUCCUGCUGCUGGGCCGGCUGGGCUGCUGCCGGCGCCGAGCCGAGCGCCACCGGGUCAAGGGCUUCUCCGUCUGCUCCUCCUCCGCCCCGACCGGGCGGGACGGCCCCCGGACCCCCGGCGAAGCCCCCCGACCCCAGCUCGGCCUGGCCCCGCUCGACGGCCGGGCCGCGGUCCCAAGCCGGGAGGCCGGCCGCGACGGGGGUCCGGCGGCCCGGGCCUGAUCCUUCUAUUCGGCCUUUCAUUCGACCCUACUUAUUGAGCGCUCACGGUGUGCGGAGCACUGUCCUAAACUCUCGUGAGAGGGCAAUGCGACAAUA